AUACUGAAGGUAUAUACUUAGAGAAGGCUCUGAACCAUGGAUAGCCUCUGUGUAGCAAAUACCACUUUUGCACUUGACCUCUUAAGAAAGCUGUCUGAGAACAAAAGCGGGCAGAAUCUAUUCUUUUCUCCUUUUAGUAUUUCUUCUGCUUUGUCUAUGGUUUUGCUGGGUUCAAAAGAAAACACCGAAGCCCAAAUAGCAAAGGUGCUUUGUCUGAACAAAGCUGAGGAUGCUCACCGUGGGUAUCAGUCGCUUCUCUCUGAAAUUAACGAUCCAGGCACCAAAUAUAUACUGAGAACUGCUAACCGGCUUUAUGGAGAAAAGACAUUUCAGUUUCUCUCAUCAUUUAUAGAGUCAAGUCAGAAAUUCUACCAUGCUGGACUAGAACAGACUGACUUCAUGCAUGCUUGGGAGGAUUCCAGAAAACAAAUAAAUGGCUGGGUAGAAGAAAAGACUGAAGGUAAAAUUCGGAACCUGUUGGCUGAGGGGGUUCUCGAUUCAAUGACCAGACUUGUGUUGGUGAAUGCCAUCUAUUUCAAAGGCAACUGGGAAACGCAGUUUGACAAAGAGAGCACAGUGGAAAUGCCAUUUCAUAUUAACAAGAAAGAGACCAAACCUGUGCAGAUGAUGUUCAAAAAGGAUAGAUUUAACAUGACCUAUAUUGGGGACUUCAAGACCCAAAUCCUUGAGCUCCCUUAUGUCGGUAAUGAACUCAGCAUGCUCAUCCUGCUCCCCAAUGCAAUCCAGGAUGAAUCCACGGGCUUGGAAGCUCUGGAAAGAGAACUGACGUAUGAGAAGCUGAUAGAUUGGAUCAAUCCUGAAAUGAUGGACUGCACAGAGGUGAAGGUGUCUUUACCCAGGUUUAAACUGGAAGAAGAUUAUGAUCUGAAACCUCUUCUGAGCAGCAUGGGAAUGCCAGAUGCAUUUGACUUAUCGAAGGCAGACUUCUCGGGAAUCUCAGCUGGCAGGGAGCUGGCGCUCUCUGAAGUAGUUCACAAGUCCUUUGUGGAAGUCAACGAAGAAGGCACUGAAGCGGCAGCGGCCACGGCAGGGGUGAUGAUGCUGCGCUGCGCGCUGAUCGUUCCAGAAUUCACCGCUGAUCAUCCCUUCCUCUUCUUCAUCCGGCACAACAAAACUUCCAGCAUUUUAUUCUGUGGCAGAUUUUGCGGGCAGCUUGCUGGAAGGCGGCUGGAUCGCCCUGAGCGGUUGCUGCAGACGUCGUUCGUGCAGGGUUCGGCUGUCACCAUGGAGAACCUGCGUAACGCCAACAGCAGGUUUGCACUUGAUCUGCUCAGGAGGUUUAACGAGACCAACCCAACGGGCAAUAUUUUCUUCUCUCCUGUCGGGGUCUCUGCUGCUCUGGCCAUGGUCCUUUUAGGGGCCGGAGGCAAUACAGAAGCCCAGGUGCUGAAGACGCUUCAUUUUGACGAAGUUGAGGAUAUUCACUCGAGGUUUCAGACUCUGACUAUGGAUAUAAACAGAAGCAAUGCUCCCUAUCUCUUACGGCUUGCCAAUCGGCUUUUUGGAGAGAAGUCCUGCAGCUUUUUGCCGGAUUUCCUGACUAAUACUCAGAAAUUCUAUGGAGCUGAUUUGGCUACAGUUGAUUUUCUCCAGGCUUGUGAUGAAGCCAGGAAAGAAAUUAACCAGUGGGUAGAGGAGAAAACUGAAGGUAAAAUCCCUAACCUGCUGUCUGAAGGCUCGGUUGAUAACAUGACCAGGCUCGUACUGGUGAACGCUAUUUAUUUCAAAGGGAACUGGGCAGAGAAAUUUGAAGAAGCCAACACCACUGACAUGCCAUUUCGGUUAAAUAAGAAUGAAAAAAAGACAGUGAAAAUGAUGUAUCAGAAAAAGAAAUUUCGUUUUGGGUAUAUCCCUGAAGUGAAGGUCCGUAUUUUAGAGCUGCCUUAUGAUGGAAGAGAACUCAGUAUGAUCAUCCUGUUACCUGAUGACAUUGAAGAUGACUCCACUGGACUGCAGAAGCUGGAAAAGCAGCUCACCUUAGAGAAGCUCCAGGAAUGGACAUGUCCAGAGCAUCUGUACUCCACUGACGUUCGUGUGCGUUUGCCAAAGUUCAGGCUGGAAGAAAGCUAUGACCUUAAAUCAGAUUUAGCCGCUCUGGGCUUGUUGGAUGUAUUUGACAGUGGCAAGGCUGACUUGUCGGGAAUGUCAGGGGCACGCGACCUCUUUCUCUCUAAAAUUGUCCACAAGGCUUUUGUAGACGUGAACGAGGAAGGCACAGAAGCUGCGGCUGCCACUGCUGGCAUUGCUAUGCUCUGCAUGGUUACGGAGGAGGAUUUCAAUGCUGACCAUCCUUUCCUUUUCUUCAUUCGGCACAACCCAACGCAAAGCAUACUUUUCUGUGGCAGAUGUACUUCUCCAUGA